UUUGAUUCAGAUCACCCAGGCUCGGUAUACCUUUGGCCAAGGGUCCCUACGAGUCGGAGCGAUUUUUGAAUAUGCACUUGGCAGUUCCUAAGUAAAUAAAUAGUAAGAAGUGGCGCUAGUGGUGAAGCAAAGUGAAAAUGCAAUGAAGUAGUAAGUGAUGCAAGAAAAACUGUAAGUACAUUUGAUUAGUAAAAAAUUCAAGUAAAUUAGGACUUGUAAAAUUUUCAAGGCGUAGAUUCUAGGACUUAGAAUAAUUCGAGAAAAAGUGACGAGACGAGGAAUCUAUGCCGGAUUUCAUAGCGGUGGUAAACAAAUCUAAACACUUAGAAAAUUUUCGAAACUAAAAUUUUGGACUUAGAAAAUUUUUGAAGAAAAAUAGUUAAAGUAUAAAAUUGAAUACUUUAACCAUGGAAGGCUCUAUAAAAGUAAUGAAACACUUGUAUAGUCAGAUAGAAAAAGGAAAAAGUAAUUUUAAAAAGUCUCCGAAGGAAAGAAUCACCGAAUCGUAUGUGUCGACGCGUUUGGAAAGUUUAGAAACAAUUAUAGAGAAGUUUUCAGAGAAGCAUGAAUACAUCAUAGCUACAUAUAAAGAGAAAGAAGUUGAAACUUAUAUAGAAAGUGAUAUUUACAAUAUGGGCUAUGAAAUGUAUAUUAAUUAUAAAACAGAGUUAAAAUCUGCGCUGAAAAUGUUGUCUCCAAGUACGUCACGUGCGACGCCGUCGUUGUCUGAGAGCACGGAUAAGAAUAAGGAUUGUCCGAUUGUUAGACUACCGAAGAUAACUAUACCGAUUUUCACCGGUAAAUACACAGAGUGGUCAUCAUUCAAGCAUCUGUUCCAGUCUCUUAUUCAUAACAACUCCUCACUCGAUGACGUUCAGCGACUACAUUAUCUGAAGACGCAAGUAAGAGGAGAAGCUGAACAGUUAAUCAAAUACAUUCCUAUUACGCAUGAUAAUUAUAAAAAGUGUUGGAAAUUGUUGCAAAAUAGGUUUGAUAAUAAGAGGUAUUUAUCUAAUUGUAUUCUUAAGCGUUUGUUUAACCUAAAGCCUAUGAAUUAUGAGUCUUCUCAAGCUUUAAAAGAUUUAAUCGAUACGACAACUGAUUGUAUUCAUGAAUUAACUAACUUGGAAAUUAAAGUCGACACUUGGGAUGUAAUUAUAAUUUAUAUAAUUAGUCAGAAAUUGGACGCUGAAACUAGAAAACAGUGGGAAAUCCAUGUUAAUAAUUGCGGUGAGGAUUUGCCUUCUUUCCUUUUGUUCAAAGACUUUAUAGAGUCACGUUAUCGCGCGUUAGAGUUUGUUGAGCCCACUAAAAACAAGCCUAAGUUAAAUCUUAAUCACAUACAACCAAAAGUCCUGCACACUACUUCAACUUCAACCUGCCCUCAUUGUAAUGAUGAACAUAAGAUCUAUUCGUGUAGUAAGUUUGUUAGUGAAGACGUAUCUAGUCGUCAGAAUAUUGUUAAAAAUCUUGGACUUUGUUUUAAUUGUCUCGGCAGCGGCCACUCAGGGAAGGCUUGCCGUGGCAAUACGAGAUGCCGUCUAUGUAAAAGAAAACACCACACACUUCUUCAUGGAAACAAUACAUUCACAGUUGCGGUAGCUACCGAGCAGUCAGGGAUUGAGCAAAGUCAACCGGAACCGUCCACUGAGACGAGCGAGACCACAAGUAUUGUAAGCCAUUUUGUGACAGGAAUGGGGUCAACUCAAACCCUAUUAGCCACAGCCCUGGUAAAGGCUGAGUCCAAAAAUGGUUCUCCUCUGAUAUUAAGAGCUCUGCUAGACCAAGGGUCUCAAGCAUCUUUUAUAUCAGAAGCAGCCGUACAGUUGUUACGACUGAAUAAGAUUGCUGAGGCAAGCAAUAUAUCAGGUUUAGGCGGUGGUCUGAGCGGCUUAACCUCAAAAUAUGUGGUUAAGGUCAAGAUUCAGUCGCUCUACGAUCCAACCUUUAAGUUGCAAGUGAAAGCACAUGUUCUUCAAACGGUGACCACUGUGUUACCACAAAAGAAGUUCAGGCCAACUACUUGGACUGAGCUUGGCCGCAUUAGUUUGGCUGAUCCACAGUAUAAUUCGCCUAAUAGAAUCGAUGUUCUGUUAGGCUCCGAGGUGUAUUGUGCUGUCCUGAAACAAGGGUUGAUUAAAAGCCCUAAUGGUUUGGUUAUUGCUCAGGAUACUCACCUUGGAUGGGUGUUGUCGGGUCAAGUUGACGGCUAUGAUGGAGAACAAGCUGCAUGUCAUAACAUUGUUAUGAGCUUUCAUGUUAAUUUAGAAGAUAACGAACUUCUCAAGAAAUUUUGGGAGAUUGAAGAUGAACCUAGUCCAAAGAAACGUAUAUUGACUGCGGAAGAACAGGAUUGCGAAAAUCAUUUCAACAUGACAACCCGUAGAGAUGAGACUGGUCGUUAUGUGGUAGAAUUACCUUUUCGUCCAAAUGCUCGUAGAGACUACGGUGAUACUAGGUCAGUCGCUGUAAAACGCUUGUUUAGUCUGGAAAAGAGAUUAGAUAAGAACAGUCAAAUGAAAGAGAAUUAUUCUCAAGUAAUAGAAGAAUAUUUGGAACUUGGGCAUAUGGAGAAGGUUCACGAUAAGUCAUCGACCAUAGAAAGUAAAGUAUGGUUACCUCAUCAUGCUGUUGUUCGGUUGGACAGAAGUACAACUAAAACUAGAGUGGUUUUUAAUGCAGCCGAUCGAAGCGCUAAUGGAUUAUCGUUAAAUGAUACGUUGAUGGUGGGUCCAACGCUUCAAAUGGAUUUACGUCAUUUGAUCAUGCGUUGGCGUUCUCAUCCCAUAUGUCUCACAGCCGAUAUCGUUAAAAUGUAUCGGCAAAUUAAAGUGGCUGAAAAACAUACAGAUUUUCAGAGGAUUGUAUGGCGAUCGGAAGAUGGAGUUAUACAAGACUAUCGUCUUUUAACUGUCACUUUCGGCACCUCAUGUGCUCCUUAUUUAGCUGUAAAGGCAUUACAGCAAGUAGCUGUGGAUGAAGGUCGUGAUUUCCCGAAUGCGGCAAGUAGAGUUCUGACGGAUUUCUACAUGGACGAUCUUCUCACCGGCGCUGAGACAGAAGAAGAAGCUUUUACAGUAUAUAAAGAAAUGAAUGAAUUGCUAAGUAAGGGAGGAUUCCAAUUACAAAAAUGGACAUGUAACCGAGUAGCUUUGUUUGGUGGAACUGAACUGGAAAUGGAAAGGGAGCUAAAGGAAAAUGAUGUCACUAAAAUAGUAGGUAUUGCUUGGAAUCGUCGCACGGAUGAGUUUGGUUAUAAACUAAAAAUCUCUCCUGAUGCUUCUGCUCCUGACACUAAACGAGAAGUGAUUAGUGAAAUCUGUCGUUUGUAUGAUCCACUAGGGUGGAUAGCUCCAUGUAUUAUAACAGCAAAGGUCUUUAUCCAAAAACUAUGGAUUGCUGGAUUGAGCUGGGAUGAUAAGUUACCACCGGGGCUUAUUCAAGAGUGGUAUCAAUAUCGCAAGGAAUUACUGAAGUUAGAAUGUUAUCACAUUCCAAGGUGGGUCCAUAGGAGAAAUAGCGAUAUAAAAAUAGAGUUACACGGGUUUAGUGACGCUUCUAGCUCAGCCUAUGCUGCAGUAGUUUAUAUCCGUUGUGUUACUGUGGAUAAUAAUAUUUAUACUCACCUGGUAACUGCUAAGACGAAGGUGGCACCCAUCAAGCAAAUAUCCAUUCCGCGUCUUGAGCUGUGCGCCGCGGUUCUGGUCACCAAGCUGCUCCUGGAAGUAUCUGAAAUUCUAAAUAUUGAUAAGUCAGAGAUACAUGCCUGGACAGAUUCGACAAUAGUGUUGGCUUGGUUGGCGGACCAUCCAAGUCGUUGGAAGACGUUUGUCGCCAACAGAACUUCAGAGAUACUUACCUCAUUAGAUGCUACUCAGUGGUCGUACGUCCAGACUAAGGAAAAUCCUGCUGACUGCGCGUCACGUGGUAUUUCGCCAUCAGAGUUAUUAGAGCACAAGUUAUGGAAGAAUGGUCCAAGCUGGUUGCAGAGUAGCACAAUACAGUAUGUAAAACCACAUUCUAUUUGCACCAAGACGGAAUUAGAAAAGCGCCAGAUAAAAGUACAUACUGCUUGUGUCGGAAACUGUGAAGAGAUGGAAGAUAUUUAUGAAAGGUUUUCUCGCUUACGAAAACUAAUAAGAGUGAUUGCUUAUUGUAGAAGGUUUUUACAUUUAAAAAAUUCUACUGCAAAAGAAUCUAAAUUUUUAUCUUACCUUACUGCUAGGGAGGUUCAGAUUCAUACCUUGCUCCUUCAUCAGCGUCACUGGUUUUCUGAAUGGUCUAUAUUUCUGAAAAUUAAAAAUAUUAAUAGUAAAAGUAAAAUAUCUAUGCUAACCUUUUAUUCACACAGAAAUGGAUUAUUCAAAAUUGAAAAUAGAAUAAAGAAAUCAGACUUACCUGAUUGGAGAGAACAUCCUUUGUUUUUCCAUAGAUGGAAAUCUAAAACUAUACGACUGAGAACAGGUGAUGUUUUAUUAGUGUGCGAGGAUAACUUGCCUCCCACAAAGUGUCUCUACGGCAAAAUUGAGAAAGUACAACCUGGAAAGGAUAAUUUAACCAGGGUUGUAACAUUGCGUUACAAAAAUUCGCUUAUUCAACGUCCAAUUUCAAAACUUUGCCCUUUACCUUUAAAUAACGAGUAGGAUUUACUCAUGUCUAGUUAUUAAAUAUUUAUGUUUUCUUUAUUUAAAGGUUCUUGUUUACAUUAUGCAUGUAUUUAUUGGUUCCUAACGUUAACAUGAAAUAUUUUAAUUUUUAUGCCAAGUGCUCCACAGUGUUUACAGUCCACUGAUAGGUUUUAUAUUGUUUGUUAACGAUCAUUUACAUUCUGUUUGCUUCUAUACCGAUGAUUCUUUUGCAUGCUAAUUUGAUGUGAGUAACAAUUCAGUUUGUAAAGCUAUUUUAGAUGUUUUUUCAGUUUAUUAAGGACCGAUGGUCCUUGGUGGGCGAUAUGUUUAAUCUUAACCGUAUAGUUAUGUAAUAUUUUAAUUUAGUUUGUUCAAUCUAGAUGGCGCUGUUCGAAAUUAGAACUCGACAUGGUUUCGUUUUUGGUAUAUACCUAUGUGUAAAGAUGCAUUGAUAAUAAAUGUCUACGUUCCGGGA